AUGGUACUCAAGCAACCGGACACACCGAUCAAGAGGGAGCGUAACGAAGAUCAUCUACCGUGCAUCGAUGGAGAGGGAACCUACCGGAAAGCCUUACCGGCCCCACCACCCCCACACCCAUCGAAACGCUGGUCUGACGAUCUGCCACCCAAUGAGCGAGUGUUCUACCAUCAAACGCUCAGUUCAGCUCGGCGUGCUGCUCACUUCGCCAAUUAUGGAAAUAUUCCCGUCGAUUCACUGGACAUAAACCUGGCGGCAAAAUACAACCAUUCCGAUGAUCUGUUCCUUGGCAAGAACGAUGUCGUGCUGCAGGAGGAAACGCUCGGUCAGCGAACAUUCCGUCGGCUACGGAACACUCGCGAUCUCAGUCCCGAGAAGAUCAUCCCACUCAAGCACCCGCUACUCGUUGGUGGGCUACGUGAAAAGUCCUCACCGAACAGUGUGAAGCUGAUGAAUACCGGGCCUCACACGCCACUUACAAAUCCAGGCUAUUCGCGACAGACGGGUGAUGGAAACUUCUUCAAUUACUAAACGAAUUUAAUAAUACUGUCCGUCAUCUGAAUAAACUCAAAAUCACUGGUAU